AUGCAGGCCACACUGUCGACCAAUAGUACACUCAUCACACUUCUCAAUUCGAUUACACUAUCAAUUUCUCGAUACGGUUUUUUUAUUUUUGUCAUAUUUGGCACGAUAGGCAAUAUAUUGAAUGUAUUGAUCUUUUAUCAAAAGAAACUUCGUGCUAGCCCAUGUGCACUCUACUUACGCACAAGCUCGUGCAUUGAUCUGGUUUUGACGUUAGGAAUAUCAUUACCUCGAAUGCUAACGACUUAUGAUUUGGAUUAUUCAGCGAAAAUUGGAAUAAUUUGCAAAAUGCGGCAUUUUACUUAUUAUAGUUUAUCAAUUUUAUCAGUUUGGAUGGUGGCUUUAGCAGCAGUAGAUCGAUUUCUCAUAACAAGCCCUUUGGCUAAACGUCGCCAAAUGAGUUCAUUGCGAAAUGCAUAUCGUUUAAUCAGUGCAUCUGCAAUCCUAGUCACACUCGUCUUUGGCAAUUUAUUUUAUUGUGCUGAUGUGGUUGAUAACGGUGUCAUUACAUCUUGUUCAGCAUCAACAACUCGACAGUGCGGUUUCUAUAAUCAGAUAGCUCGACUUGUCACCGUUUUAUGUAUUCCAGAAAUGGUGAUUAUAGCUGUGAGCAUUAAUAUGACUCGGAAUUUAAGAUACCUCAAGCAAGCAACAGUGACAAUAACAUCCAUUCGAUCUGCUCAAUAUCGCGUUCGAAAAAUUGACAGACAACUGAUCAAGGUAAGAAUAUUUAACAAUGGUUGA